GCUUUCUUUUAUCCAUCUGACCGGCUAAUUUCACCGUUCGCUCACCAGCGUGUGAGACAUGGGAAGAGAGAAGGACGCCAAAGGAGAUUCAAAGGCCCAGCACAAAGCGACCAAACUGAAAAGAUUGAGUGAUCGAGAGAGCGCAGGUGCCGGGGGAGAUCAGAUCAAAAACAGCGUGAAGGCUGCCAAAUCAGCAGAGAAGACGGAUAAUGGAAAGUCUAAUAAAAAGGUCAAAACGCCAAAGAUGGAGACCCCGGACCCAGUCAGCAGCUCCAGUGAUGCUUUGAAACAAGAGCCAGAGGAUGACGACUUUAAGGCAAAGAAGAAAGGGCUGAAAAGAAAAAGGGUUAAAGAUGAGCCACUGGAGGGAACGUCCCACGCCACAGCUUCACCCACCUUAAAGAGAAGAAAUCGUCACCAUAGUGACGGGGAAGAGAGCGAAGGGGAAGCUGACAAAAAGAAGCCAAAAAAGAAAACGGAAAAGACUGUGAAGAAAGAGGAAGGAGAGCAUCCGGUCUCCAAAAAGGGGAAGAGGACUAAGGAGGAGAUCGAAGAAGCCAGACAGCUGAAGAUAAAAAUGAAGGAGGAGGAGGAGCAGAAUCGCUGGAGAUGGUGGGAAGAAGAGAAGUAUGAGGAUGGGGUGAAAUGGAAAUUCCUGGAACACAAUGGACCUUACUUCCCGCCUGUGUACCAGCCGCUACCUGACGAUGUCAACUUCUCCUAUGCCGGUAAGACGGUAAAGCUGAGCCCAGCAGCAGAGGAGGUGGCCGUCUUCUUCGCCCAGAUGUUGGACCAUGAAUACACCACGAAGAAGGUGUUUCGGGAAAACUUCUUCAGAGACUGGAGAAAGGAAAUGAUUCCUGCGGAGAGGUCACUGAUUGUAGAUCUUGACAAGUGUGACUUUGGAGAAAUCCAUGCCAUGCACAAAGCCAAAGUGGAGGCCAGGAAAAACCUGACCAAGGAGGAGAAACAAGUUAUAAAAGAGGCCAAUCAGAAGAUUGUAGACGAGUACGGCUACUGUCUGCUGGAUCACCACAAAGAACGCAUCGGCAACUUUAAGAUUGAGCCUCCAGGUCUGUUCCGAGGCAGAGGCGAGCAUCCCAAACAAGGAAUGCUGAAGAAAAGGAUCCAACCUGAGGACGUCAUCAUCAACUGCAGCGAAGAAUCCCAAGUCCCCGCGCCGCCUGCCGGCCACCACUGGAAAGAAGUGCGGCACGACAACAGCGUGACCUGGCUGGCCAGCUGGACCGAGAACAUCCAGGGCGCCAUCAAAUACAUCAUGCUCAACGCCAACUCCAAACUCAAGGGGGAAAAGGAUUGGGAGAAAUACGAAAUUGCUCGGAAACUGAAGUCCUGCGUGGAUGGCAUCCGGAACCAGUACCUGAAAGACCUCAAAUCUAAAGAGAUGGUCACUCGCCAGAGAGCGGUGGCCCUGUACUUCAUAGACAAGCUGGCACUGAGGGCUGGUAACGAGAAGGAGGAGGGCGAGACGGCGGACACGGUCGGCUGCUGCUCGCUCCGCGUGGAGCACAUCACCCUGCACGACCAGCUGGAGGGCAACGAGUGCGUGGUGGAGUUCGACUUCCUCGGCAAAGACUCCAUACGCUACUACAACAAGGUCCCCGUCAUCAAAAAGGUGUUUAAGAACCUUAAACUCUUCAUGGAGAACAAGGAACCUGGAGAUGAACUCUUCGAUCGCCUCAAUACGGGCCUCCUGAACAAACACCUGAGCUCUUUAAUGCCCGGCCUGUCUGCAAAGGUCUUCAGGACGUAUAACGCCUCCAUCACCCUGCAGCAGCAGCUCAAAGAGCUCAGCAACAAGUCGGACAACGUGGCAGAGAAGCUGCUGUCCUACAACAGAGCCAACAGAGCCGUGGCCAUUCUCUGCAACCACCAGCGGGCGCUGCCCAAGACCUUUGAGCAGUCCAUGGCUAACCUCCAGGCCAAGAUCGACACCCGGAAGGAGCAGCUGGCUCUGGCCAAGACGGAGCUGAAACAGGCCAAGAAGGACGCCAAGAGCAAAGGCAGCUCCGACCCCAAGCUGCAGAAUUUGGUGGAGCGCAAGAAGGCGGCGGUGCGGCGCUGCGAGGAGCAGCUGCUGAAGCUGGAGGUCCAGGCCACCGACCGGGAGGAGAACAAGCAGAUCGCUCUGGGCACCUCCAAGCUCAACUACCUGGACCCACGCAUCAGCGUGGCCUGGAGUAAAAACAUGGAGGUGCCCGUGGAAAAGAUCUACAACAAGACCCAGCGGGAUAAGUUCGCCUGGGCCAUCGACAUGACGGAGGCCGACUUUGAGUUCUGAGGCGCC